UGUCUAUGUGGAGUGUUGACUGGAGUGGGAAGGAUGAUUUCUUCAAUAAACACAAGCCAUGGAUCGAGACAUCGUAUCACGGAGUCAUAACUGAGAACAACGACACAGUCAUCUUGGACCCUCCACUGGUAGCCCUGGAUAAAGAUGCCCCAGUGCCUUUUGCAGGGGAAAUCUGUGCAUUCAAGAUCCACGGACAGGAGCUGCCCUUUGAGGCUGUGGUGCUCAAUAAGACAUCUGGAGAGGGCCGACUUCGUGCCAAGAGUCCCAUUGACUGUGAGCUGCAGAAGGAGUACACAUUCAUCAUCCAGGCCUAUGACUGUGGUGCAGGGCCUCGGGAAGCAGCCUGGAAGAAGUCACACAAGGCUGUGGUCCACAUCCAGGUGAAAGAUGUCAAUGAGUUCGCACCCACCUUCAAAGAGCCAGCCUACAAGGCCAUCGUCACAGAGGGCAAGAUCUAUGACAGCAUCCUGCAGGUAGAAGCCAUUGAUGAGGACUGCUCCCCCCAGUACAGCCAGAUUUGCAACUAUGAAAUUGUCACAACGGAUGUGCCUUUUGCCAUUGACAGAAAUGGCAACAUCAGGAACACCGAGAAGCUGAGCUAUGACAAGCAACAUCAGUACGAGAUCCUGGUAACUGCUUAUGACUGUGGACAGAAACCCGCCGCUCAGGACACCCUGGUGCAGGUGGACGUGAAACCAGUGUGCAAACCUGGCUGGCAAGAUUGGACCAAAAGGAUUGAGUACCAGCCUGGCUCGGGGAGCACGCCCUUGUUCCCCAGCAUCCACCUGGAGACGUGCGAUGGAGCUGUGUCCUCCCUCCAGGUCACUGCGGAGCUGCAGACUAAUUACAUCGGCAAGGGCUGUGACCGAGAGACCUACUCUGAGAAAUCCCUUCAGAAAUUAUGUGGAGCAUCCUCGGGCAUCAUCGAUCUCUUGCCGUCCCCUAGCGCAGCUACCAACUGGACUGUGGGGCUGCUGGUGGACAGCAGUGAGAUGAUCUUCAAGUUUGAUGGCAGGCAGGGUGCCAAGAUCCCUGAUGGGAUUGUGCCCAAGAACCUGACAGACCAGUUCACCAUCACCAUGUGGAUGAAACAUGGCCCCAGCCCCGGCGUGAGAGCAGAGAAGGAAACAAUUCUCUGUAACUCAGAUAAAACUGAAAUGAACCGGCAUCACUACGCGCUGUAUGUGCACAACUGCCGCCUCGUCUUCCUCCUGCGGAAGGACUUUGACCAGGCGGACACCUUUCGCCCUGCAGAGUUUCACUGGAAGCUGGACCAGAUUUGUGACAAAGAGUGGCAUUACUAUGUCAUCAAUGUGGAGUUCCCUGUGGUCACCCUGUACAUGGAUGGAGCAACAUAUGAACCAUACCUGGUGACCAAUGACUGGCCCAUUCAUCCAUCUCACAUAGCCAUGCAACUUACUGUCGGCGCCUGUUGGCAAGGAGGCGAAGUGGCCAAACCACGGUUUGCACAAUUUUUCCAUGGUAGCCUUGCCAGUCUCACCAUCCGUCCUGGCAAAAUGGAAAGCCAGAAGGUGAUUUCUUGUUUGCAGGCCUGCAAAGAAGGGCUGGAUAUUAAUUCCUUGGAAAGCCUUGGGCGAGGGAUUAAGUAUCACUUCAACCCUUCACAGUCCAUCCUCGUGAUGGAAGGCGAUGACAUUGGGAACAUCAACCGAGCCCUCCAGAAAGUGUCCUACAUCAACUCCCGGCAGUUCCCAACAGCAGGGGUCCGACGCCUCAGACUCUCUUCAAAAGUCCAGUGCUUUGGCGAAGAUGUGUGCAUCAGCAUCCCAGAUGUGGAUGCCUACAUCAUGGUCUUACAGGCCAUCGAGCCCCAGAUCACCCUCCAGGGGACAGAGCGUUUCUGGAGACCUGCCGCCCAGUUUGAAAGCGCCAGAGGAGUGACUCUCUUCCCUGACAUCAAGAUCGUGAGCACCUUUGCCAAGACUGAGGCCUCCGGGGACAUGAGAGCCACAGGCACAGCCCCCAAAUCAACAGUCUUAGAAGAAAUGCUACACAACUUGGAUUUCUGCGACAUUUUGGUGCUUGGAGGGGACUUGGAUCCAAGACAAGAGUGCUUGGAGCUCAACCACAGUGAGCUCCACCAACGACACCUUGAUGCCACCAACUCGACUGCUGGCUACUCCAUCUAUGGUGUGGGGUCCAUGAGCCGCUAUGAGCAGGUGCUGCAUCACCUCCGUUACCGCAACUGGCACCCCACUUCUCUUGAGACCCGGAGGUUCCGGAUCAAGUGUUCAGAACUAAACGGGCGCUACACUAGCAAUGAGUUCAACUUGGAGGUCAGUGUCCUCCACGAAGUGAGAGUCUCUGACAAGGAACAUGUCAACCACCUUAUUGUACAGCCACCCUUCCUCCAGUCUGUCCAUCACCCUGAGACACGGAGUAGUAUCCAGCGCAGUUCAGUGGUCCCGAGCAUCGCCACUGUCGUCAUCAUUAUCUCUGUGUGCAUGCUAGUGUUUGUUGUGGCCAUGGGUGUGUACCGAGUCCGAAUUGCCCACCAGCAUUUUAUCCAAGAGACUGAGGCUGCCAAGGAAGCUGAGAUGGACUGGGACGACUCUGCGCUGACUAUCACUGUCAACCCUAUGGAGAAACAUGAAGGCCCGGGGCACGGGGAAGAUGAAACUGAAGGAGAGGAAGAAGACGAAGCAGAGGAAGGCGCGAGCUCCAGCAGCAGUGGCUCCGAUGACAGCGAAGAGGAGGAAGAGGAAGGGAUGGGCAGAAUCAGACAUGGGCAGAGCAGCACCAGGCAAGCCCAGCUGGAGUGGGAUGACUCCACCCUCCCCUACUAGUGCCCAUGGGCUGAUGAGCAGCGUGUGUGCCCCUUUUGUAAAACCCAACCCAAUGUAUGCCCAAGCCUGUCACACUCAACUCUGGUUUCUAUGACAGGUCUGGGAAAGCCAUCAGCUUCCUUGAGUCUGCCCCCUAUGCUUUGGGCACUGCCUUUGUCCCAACCAUGGAGCAGUUCCCAGAGCCCAGUGUCACCAUCCAUGGGGACUGCAGGGUGGUUACAUUGUCCUGUAGCCCUCACUUCUUUCUGCUCGGGGAUCACCCAGAAUCCUGUCAUCCAACCUGCAGAGUUCUGGUCACCUUGCUCUUUUCUGCAGGGGAGGAGCUCCCCUUUCUGUCACUUGCCACCCCUAGACUCAGUGUUUUCAAAUGCCUUGGGUUAUAGCUCACUGUGUAUGUACUUGACUAAAUAGCCUUUCUCCACCUACACCAGCAGGUCUUCCCUAUGCUGGGUAUCCAGGUUGCUUCAUCCAGAGAAAGCAGUAGAGUCUCACUCAUAUACCUAAGACCUUAGGGCUUAAGAAUUGAAAAGAAAGCCUUUGUUGGGGCAGAAUUGAGUUUCCAUGGAAAGGCCCAUAGUGUAAUUCACACACACACACACACACACACACACACACACACACACUUCUGAGCUUGGAGAGCCUUUCUUUUUUUACUUCUUCUGAGACUAAAUAAAUUGUAUAGCAAGUUCAAAACCAAGAGUCAGUUGGAUUUUGGCCAUAAGUAGAGUAUGUCCUCAUCAUAGGCUCACUGGCCAGCUUUCCAACCUGCCUAGGCAAUGUCUAAACCCACGUGGCUGCCCUGCCCAGGGCUAUCACCAUGAUAGAACCACAGGGCCCAGGAAGCACUUCAUACAGGCACUCUUCAAGUGACAGCUUGGGCAUGGAUGUCACUAGGAGCCAAAGAAAGGAUUGAUGGGAUGACCCAGCAAGGCUUCAUGGUCGAUAAAGAUCUGCUUUGGGGUUGGUAUAGCUGGACUCGCCCAUAUAAGGGUAGCCCAAAGGUUGACAAGACUGUCACCACCCAGCCUGUGGUCCCUUAUCUCCUAUGUUACUGUUUUCUCUUUGGGACAUAACAUCAUUUCAGAUGUAGUCGAACAAACAUAGGCUCUACCAGUCUGAGAUGUUAGUUGGGAAAUUUAACUGCUAGGGAUUCAAAGUAUCUGAGCAACAAUAACAUCGGCUUCUUUCUUCUUCUCAUAAAAGGAGGGAUGCUUUGAAUAGGGGGCAAAUAUAUCAAAACCUUAAUUUCUUGUUCUUUCUUCUUAUUUUAAUAAGAAACACUUUUCCAUCUGCAUUCUAACGUGGGCACCUCGUGAGGAGAAUUGUUGCUAUAGUAACUGGUGGACAAUCUUUUGUGGCCUAGAGAAUAGCAGGCAAGAAUUAAGGCCAUCCCCAUCAUCCCACUCUGCCCCAUGGCCAUCCUGAAUUGGCUUGGCCCAGGCGGUCUCUUGUCACAUAGCAUUCAAAUCCAACUGAAUGUUGACUCUUCCCUGUGUCAUAUAAGCGGAACAUUCAGGGAGCGAUUAUAGCUGACGUCCUCUAGUCCUCUGCUCACCCUCCAGGUAUCGAGGAUCCACACCAGGUCUUUUCAACCUUCUGGCUGGGGAGAUCUACCUUACGUUGUUUUUCCAACUCCCAGAGUGUCUUGUGCAUAAUUCUCUUUCAUGAGCCUUCGGAUAACACUGUGAAGUAUUUGAGAAAUGGCUUAUUAGGGACAAUUUUUUUUGUGUGUGAUGGGUAAACUGAGGCUCAGAGUCAGUGUCCUGUUCAGAGUCAUUCCAAGAUACAGACUACCCCUGUGUUCCUUGUCCAUGGUUCUACUUAUAUUCACGUUAACAUGUGUUUCUGAGCAUCUACUAUGCGCUAAGCACACUAUCAGCAGCAAUAGGAAUGGGAUGAAGCAGAAUGAGACAGACCUCCCCCCACAGAGGACUCAGGAGUUACUGAAAGGACACAGCCAGGCAUGGAGAUUGCACAGGAGACAGGAGGAUAAAGUAUCAGAUGCCACUGGAAGAAGAGGAGCACAUUUACCAACCCAUCCCAUGCCCUAAUUUUUCUCUCUUGGAAGAAACGCAAGAUUUUUAUAUUCACUGAAAGGAAAUAGACACAUCUCCUGUGAACUACCCCAGUCAGAUUCCCCCUUUUCCAUCAGGCCAUUUCUGCACAUUUACAAGGGAGAAAUCUACAGGAAGGAUUAGGCUUUACAAUCCUAUUAUUUAAAUAAUAAGACAUUCUUCAGUCAAGCAUUUAGGAGCUACUGAAUUCUCCCAAAAUUAUGUCAGUAAAGGGAACAGUUUGCAUGUUUAAAACCAAUCUUUUUUGAAUGAGAUUUUGAUUGCAAAUAUUUAAGUUUAGAGUUUGAGAGCACUUUGCUCUGCACUGACUUUUCAGUGCCGAUGGGUGGAUGGCUUUUCCCAUGCCCCCCUGGGCUACCUCUUGUGACUGCAUUCCUCAUUUGUGGUAGGGCGAGUUGUUUGCGCUGUUAGAAUGCCUUCAUGGUUUUUUGGGGGGUGGUAAGAGAAGAGGCGGUUGAAAGCUAGGAAGCUUUGGGGUUUGGCAGCCAAGAUGUAUAUCAAUCAGUUCAGGAGCCAUUUGGGGACAAAUUUGCAGGGAAAUAGUGGUGACACAAACUAAAACCUUCCCUUCUUCUGUCAUGGCACAAGGUCACGCUGCAUGCUAACUCCAAAGCCAAGGCAUCUAAGUGAUAUUCCUGGGACAACAGGCUUUUAUCCUGUUCUCAACACUCACUUAACCUUGGGUAAGAUCAAGGAUGGAGUGGUUAUAACAUCGUCAACUUCAGCAGGUAGCCAGGUGAAGGCAUAGGCCUCCUGUCAGCUACUCUGACCAGCAAUGCAAGGCGCUAGUCACACUGGCUUUUGCCAGUGUCCGGAAUAUGGUGUUUAGAAACCAAAGUUCCCAGAUGUUCUGGACACUAUGGGACCUCUAGGAAGAGGUGAGAGACCAAGGAAAGACAGACUCGGCCCCCAAGAGAAAAACUGACGGGUGUGGCCAUAGACUCGUCCACUGCUUUUCUUGCCAAAUGGACAACCUGGGUCUGCUCUUCAGAGCUUGAAGAUAGGUGGGCUGCGAGUCUCAAGUAACUCAGAAGAUUGGGAGGAGGAGAAGCAGGAGGAUGCCAGUGAGUUGCCCCCAGUGGAGGAAAGCCAUUAAACCCACUGAAGAAGUGUCUCAAGGAAUCCUGAGUAUAUUCAAAUAGAUUUUAAGCAAAUUCUGUAAGUCUGACUAAGGCCCCAAGUCACACAGGUACAAAGGGAUGUGAUUGCUGCCACAGAACUUUCUGAGAGCUUUAUUGAAUUAACCAUUCAUUCCCACCACUCGCAGUUUAGACCAAAUUCUCUGACCUUAACAAGAGAGUUUGUCUCAAGGGACACCCAUGGAGUCUCCAUGGAGAUAACGACUGCUAGAAAAACAGUGCCCCCCCCCUCCUGCAUCAGAGAUCAGCAAACUAAACUAUCUAGAAAGAUCCAGAGAGGAAAGCCUUAGGGUUUUGCAGGGCAUUUGUUCUCAGUGUUACUCUUCUAGACCCUGCCUCAUGCCAUGGAAGCAGCUUCAGACAGUACCCAAGCAAAGGAACAUUCCAAUUAGUCUCUCCAUCUACUUUCCAGGAAAACUAAUCUAUGAGACUGAAGGGGGGAAAAAGAGGCUAUUUGGAUUCAUUGAAUUUUCAUGUCAUAAACAUUUUACUCUCUUAUUUCUCAUUUUCUACUCAAAACUUAGCCUUCUAGACAUCUAGAAAGCUAGCCACCAGGCAGAUCCAUGUGAGGCUGACUCUCACCCUCAGUCCAUAGAAAGCAGCCAUCCCUCCCCCCCCCCACCCUCCUCACCCCCAGAAGAAAACACCCAACAGCUCCCUAGUGGUCAUUGCCUUGAAUUGAACAGCUGGAAAACUCUGGGCUCUUUCAUUAAAGCUCUCUUAGAAGUUCACAGGAGACUGGAGGAAACACAAAAGAAGCAGGUAAAAUGAGCAACCAAAAUCCCACUUGUUAUUUCUGAAUUGAAGAAAUCAGACAAAUAUUCCUAAGGGUUGGAUGCCUGGACCCAGAGACCUGGCUAAUCACUGAGCAGAGGGGCUCCCUCCUCUGUUGAGGCAAGUGCUAACUCCCCAGGCUAAGCACCUUCCUAGCAGGGCUCAGUCCAUAAUGAUUUCUAAGCAGGAGUGUUCAUUAUCUGGGACUGAUUUUCAUUUCAGCCCUGUUCAUGUCUUUGCUCUAAAAAUGAUCCUAAAGACUUGUGGCUGUUCGAAUCAAUAGCAACACAAUCAGCAGAAAGCCCUACCCGGCAACACUUCAAAAUUAACAGCCUCCUUGCCUCUAUGACUCAAUAUUAGCUGCAAAGAAAAGAGUGCUUUUUCUUAAUCAUCUCCCCAUUUAAAUUAACCAGAUAGGCUUUGCAAAAAAAAAAAAUACAUAAAUAAAUAAAAAUGUGAGCGAAAAAGUCUAAUUCUUUAGAAAAGUGGGUGAUGUUCACGGAGCAUAUGGUCUCUGGAGGGAUCCCCAAAGCCUCCUGCAAUGUGCUCAGCCAGGUUGGGAUGUUGCAGGCUUCUCUAUCUGUGCCAGACAUUUAUCGAGGCUGACAAGCCAAAGCCCUUGGCACGGUUUAAUUUUCAUGUCACCGCGUUCCGUUGUCCAGCUGGAGGCAAAGGAAAUGAGCAGUGUAAGUUUCCAAGUCAACUCCAGGACCUUCACUUGCCUGUCUUUAUUUGUUUCACUUUAUACGUUUAUCCUGCAUUAGCUUCCUUCUGACACUGGAUGGAAAAGGGGGGAGCUGGUUUUCCGGGGAGCUACAAAUUAGGAGCUAAGCUUGACUUUGUCCCAUGGUGACAAAGAGAGACAGAAGUUACCUCCAUGAGCAUGCCAGAGAGCGAUUGCAUUGAGUCACUAGGCAGAUGGGAGUCUCUGUUUACACCUAUGUUCCACAAAUUCAGCAAGUGCUCACCAAGCAUCGUGUGUGCUUGAUUCUAAGCCAAGGAACAGGGGAGAGAGCAUGACCUAGAGAGGAUCCUCUGCUCUUGUAGUGUCAGAGGGCUCCACACACAGGACUGUCGGGGAGAAGUUUAAGAUGCAGUCAUCUAGUUUAAGUCAGAUGGUAGGGAUGAUCCUAGGGGUGCUGAAGGGCCUCUGUGAACAGAGAGAGCGUCAGGGAAGUGAGCAACCUGCUCCUAAAUCCUGCUUAGUUAUCAUGGCUCGGGUCAUGUAUAGAGGAAAGCCUUUCCCUUUAUGGAGAAAUAAUUUGGCUGAUGGCUGAGAGCUGGUGAAGCUAAGACAGAGGUAGUCCUCAAACAGAAGCAGUAGGCAGGCAGACCAGGAAAAUUGUGAACAGUGCUUUAAGUGGGUCCAGGGGGCUUCCGGCCAAAGCCCAGGGUCUGACUAGCCUGAUGCAAGGUUCACACAUGAAGGACUGAGCUCUGGCUGGGUGAUCUGCAGGGCAGCCGCAGCCGCAGCAGCCACAGCCACAGCAGCACCCUAGAAGCUAGUAAGGCAGACUCUACAAGGGAGGUUUCAGCAAGCUGUACUCUAAGAACAAAGCUCAGGAAGGCCAGGGUUUCAGCGCUGUCUCUGGGGAGGAUGAGGCCAGCCUGUGCUGGCACUCGGAGGAGGGAGAAUGGCGAAUGCCGUCACAAUUCAGACACUAAAUUGGAUGGGUGGUGGACUGCUUCUCUUGGAAGGACAGUAACCCGUGUUGCUGAAAGUAGGAGAAAGAGAAAAAAGGAAGGGAAAGGUCAAAGCUGCGGCUUCAUCGGCCGUGGGAAUCACAUUCCUGUGGUCCAUGUAGGUACCAGGCUCCAACCAUUUUCCCUUCCUGACGUACGCCAUAAGAUCUAUGGUCUAAGCACCAUAAACCUUCAGCUGGAACUUCUUGUAUUUUGUCAGUCAUUGUGCCUAUGACCUAAGUCUAGUCUCAUACUAGGAUCUCAAGGUCAAGGUCAGAGGUCAGGGCAUAGAAGAGGAACAGAUAGCACAUAAGGCAGGAGAACCAGUCAUAGUGAGUUUCUACAAACCCAGCCCCCGUUCUGCUCAGAAACAUGGCACCCCUAACAGCCUCUUCGCUAAGCCCCCUAAGUUCUCCAAAGGGAGACUGAGGCCAGCUCAGAGACCAGGUUGAGAAUACACAUCUCUAUGAAAUUAGAAUCUGCCUUUUUAUAGCAGAAGAAAAUGGGGGGGGGGGAAGAGAUCAGAAAAGAAAAGAUAGGACAUGCCAGUUAUUUGCCUGUGAGAAGCACUAAAGGGGUUUUGCUUUCACAGCCUGGCCUUUCUGAGGAAAGUCCCUGCUGAGACUUCUUUGCCAAGACGUAAGGCAGUUUUCUGUGCUUCCCUUACAUACCAGCCAUUUAUUACCAAAGCCUCCGAUAGGACAACACAGAAAGUGAUGGAGAGUAAUCUGGAAGCAGGACUGUCCUUGGCAGGUUUGCUUAUGUAGGACAAGGAGCCAGUUUGCUUUGGGGCUGGAGAUAAGGUCCAGACAAGGAUAUCGGGGGUGGGGGAGGGGGUGGGGGGCUGCGUGAGUUAUAGAACGUCACCCCUGAAGAGAUCAGACUGUCAAGGAAUGAGACACCGGAUGGAGUCACCAAACAGCGUAUGUGAACUGGUACUUUUGGGCCUUUGGCAGGCAGACCCUAAGGUGGUGCUACACUCCAAGAGCCACAGUCUACCUUCCCAGGGUACCCUAAAAAAAAAACCCAUGACUGGAUGCAAACAGUACAGACCCCAACUUUGCCCGCCUCCACUUGCCACCUCCCUAAGGCAAAAUGAGUAACUGAUGUGAGGGUGCUGCUCCUUCCCUAUGGAUGUAACCAGGGUAUCCAAAGCAUGGCAUCUGGCCCACGGCACGGGCUCAACAAAGGUUGAGUAGAAUCCCAGAGAUCACCUGGCCUUGGAGAACGAGUGUGGCUUGAAAAGUUAAGAUGCCCUGGUGGAGAAAGGUUCCUCGAGCCCAGUAUUAGUCUGCAGUUGUCCUUUGCAAAAUCACUAAGGAGGGAAGAAAAGUGGAAGGGUGGGGGAGGGCAGGUGACAAUAUUUUGUGCUUCCCCAUGGAAGCUGACAGGAAGGAACUUUUUUCCCCAGGUAGAACCAGUAACAGGAGCCCUCCCCACCACGCUAGGAGCAAGGGCAGCUAGGCCAUGAUGAGCCCCACUUUUUCUACCCUGUGAGUCACAGGACUGGGGAAAUGGAGCUUUAAUUCGUUAAUGAGCCCAGCUCCUCGCCACUGACACACCCCUUUUAUUAGCUAUGCUGUGGAAAGAUUCAUCACUAUGAAGCCCAACCCCCCCAUAGUCCGAUGAGACAAGGGCAGCAGACACGAGAGACUUCAGAAUACAGGCGCUGGAUAUUAAUCACAGGAACAAAAUCAUGUUGGCUUUAAUGUUUGCUUUCUCUUUAUCUGGGAGUGAAAAUGCACCUCUGUUACCUGGAGCCUUUAAACUGAGCAUUUCAGAGCAGAAGUGGGACACAACCACAUAAAUAUCGAGGGUUCUUUUCCUCAGCAGAAUGAGCUGUCAUAAAAACAAAAGAAGCUAAGAGGUUAUUUCUAUUUGCAAAGGCAGAGAAUCAACACACAGGUUUUAGGUCCAGACUCCAGCCCGUCCUGUGGAAAAAGGGCAAGGAGGUAGCCUCUACUCUCUGAAAGGAUUCCUCGAGGGCCCAAGAGUAAGGGUUCAACUGGAUCCAUGACUCACAUCGAUGAGUGAAAUGCAUGCAUGCAUCUUUGGAGGCAAAAGUGCAUUCAUCCUGGCCUUCAGGGAAGGCUGGGCUGUGGCUCUCACCACUACCCACUCUCCAUGAUGCAAAGGAGCCCUGGAGCUCUGGAAGAAGUAUUGAUAGCCCUUUCACAGACACACUCUAGAAGGGUGGAAAUGGAGCCAAAGUUUUGGGCAAAGAAAGUUAGACUUGGUACCCGGGUGAGUCACUUGAACAGGAGGGGAAGAGAUAUGGAGUGAGAAGGUGGUAGAGGUGGAGGGUAAACUGGAAGCUGAUUAGAAUCAACAGCAUCAGAAGCAACCAGGAAGCCAGGGCACUGCUCUAUAUGUAAACAUAUUCAUGUGUCAAAGGAAUCAUGGGUAAACAAUGCCAUGUGACCACAGAGGCAGUUAACUGUAGUUGCUUUACAAGCCAGAGGCACUGGAAGCAGAUGACAGAUCAAUCUCCCUACCAGGUUUCCAACCUUAUCUGCUUCCGAGAAAGAGCUGUUGAUGCUGGAAAGGCAUGGCAGGCGAUUGGAGAAAACCAGAUGGAAAAUAGAAAGAAGAAAGUUUAUGUAGAAGCCAGUUGUUCCCAGGGAAACCUGUAGUUACUAGAGUGGGCCUUGUUACGUUACUGCAUGUGCAUCGUACUGUCUGUAAGAAGGAGUCAGAAUGAUGGGACAGGGUAUUAGUUUAGGGAAUUGGAGUAAUAAGUAUAGAAUACCAGACAUGACUAGGUGAAGAGCAGCUGAUAAUAUAUAUGUAUGUACAUAUAUACAAAUCUAUACUAUGGAAGUAGGAUACAAAACAGAUAGGUCAUUAGUCCCAACCAACCUUAAUUCUCUGGAUGCCUUAGGUUAUUCUUAUUUGCUUUUAGCUCUCAAAGCCCUGAAAGAAGUACCUGGAACACUGCAGGAGUCAUAAACAUUUGGAAGUGAAGCAUCUAGCUUGUCCUUACUUGGUGAAGACUCAGUUUAUCACUAGACUCCAUAUUGACUGGACCCUAUAGAAGCAGGUCAACCACGCAUAUCUCCUAGCUUAGAGAAGCCUCCGUGAAUCUUCAUAUUCUGUGCAGUAGUCAGACAGUGGCAGACACUGGCCAUGAGCAGCGACAGUGUUGCUUGCACACAUUUAGAACAUACCCGAGUAACAUCCCCAACGCUGUUUCUACAGAGCAGAGGCUGCCCAACCUACCAUUGUCUCUGCCUUUCCCUAAGUACUUGCUAAAUAUUGUUCACCCUAUCAUCUUCUGUCAUUGAUGCUGGGACUAAAUAUAAAGGUUUUGGGGUCAGCCAAUCUCAGACCCUUCCCUCCUCCCAUCUUUGGAGAGGAUGUCACCAUUUUAAAGCCUUGUAUGAGAAACCUGUUUGUCCCCAGCUCAGUGCAUGGGAAAGGCCUGAGAUGGACAGACUGCUCUAUCUACUGGAGCCUCUUUGGGGUUCACUCUGCAGAGAGAAAGAGCAGUUCUCAUUGUAUGCAGUCACCUUCCACCUGCACCUGACUGCGAAGUAGCCUACUGGUCAGUGCAGCUGGAGUGUCUUUCCCAGGAGCCAACCGGACGUGGGGUUUGGGUGUUCUUGGCACACAGCAGACUUCUGAGCCUCUUGAGCUGCCUCCAAGAAUGAAUCUCCUUAGUCUACAAAAUGUAUUUAUUUGGUAACUAUGCUACUGUGUGUGUAUGAGUCUGAUACAAUGCAAACCUUGAAAUGUCUUACUAAAAGGAAUUAUGAAUUCAUAGAGAAUUGAAUCCAACCUCAGAACAGUGCAUUAUGCUGUCGGUCAAUAAGGUUGCCCAGCCACGGGGGACCAGAGAAAAGCCUUCCCCUCCCACCCCUUUCCUUGGUGGCCUCUCCCUCCCUAAUUGCCCUACCAGAUUCUAACUGAUGCAGAGUGAUGGCUGAGAGAGUACAUGUACAUAAAGAUUUAAGAGGGACAUAACCCCUGGGGGAAUCAGUUGAGUUCCUUCCCAUGGCUGUGAUCUUAUCAUGCCUGAAUCCCAAACUUUAAAUUUCUAACAAUUUCGAUUCUUGAAGUUUCUGAGUAAUUUGUUAAAUGCCUAUUCAACACAGACAGAUAUUUAUUUUCAGCCUUGGCUUGUAAAUGCCUACAAACUGAUUCAUGUUGGUAGUCAUUACGACACUUCUGUGAAUUGGUUGAAUAAAUAUGAUUUUAGAAUU